AUGGAGGCCAGAUGUCAAUGUGGUUCAGUGACCUUCAAGACUCCCCUCCCUCAGCCUCUGGCGCUCUACAUCUGCCACUGCGAUGCUUGCAGACGACAAACUGGUUCAGCAUUUGGCACUUCUGCCAUAUUUCCUCGAUUUGAGCUGCCUGACACAGACCUACUGAGCGUUUACAGUCGACCUACAGCCUCAGGGCAUCAGCUUUACUGUUACUUCUGUCGCAAAUGCGGAACUCGUCUCAUUCACUCAACGCCAUCAAAGAACGUCAUCUCCGUGAAAGGAGGAUGUCUUGAUGGUCUGGACUGGAAGCGAGCGAUUCACAUCUGGACCAAGACAGCCAUGGUUCCUAUUCCCGAAGGAUCUGAAACGCACUCUGAAGAGUCCGGCUAUACGGACUAUGGAUCAACUCAGGAGGAGCUGGAUCAGCCUGGGGAUCUUGUCGGAAGCUCGGGUUGUAACAUGCCUGUUAGUCAAAGGGCUUCAAGCUCUGCUGGGGUGAAUGGUGAUGAUAACAUGAGUGGAUGA